AUGAGCUGGCUGCACAAGAGGACGUACACCAAGGCGGCUCGCUUCCAACCUAGUGCUUUGGCCGGCAUCCAACCACACCACGUUGCCGACUACUUGAAAUGGCGUGCGUAUGGUACGACCGAUGUUGACUUCAAAGACCUAGAGCAGAAUCCAACUUGCCCUCCUCUACUCUUGAGCAAGAAGAAGGCUAUUCCUUCUACAUCCCAUCAAAGGUGCCACAUUGAAUGGAACCUCCGGCAAACCAACCAAGUCCGAUCCUGUGAACGAAGUGGUCAAGAAGUCAAGAAAGCGGAGACUCAACACCGCGGGAAGAAGUCCUGUGCCACCAGGGAUUUGACGGAAAGAGUAUCGCAAGGUGGGAGCUUUGAAUCGACCAUCCCAGAAGUCCAUCUCAUCACCAGGACGGAUGACAUCUCCAAGUUGAAGUAUUCGACUACAAGCCGCAUCCAGAUUCCCUUUUGCGCUCAGUUGCAAGGUGCAUUGGUUCAAGAAUAUUUCGGAAGAACGAAAUGCCCCGACCAAAUCAUUCUUGGUCGAUGGAUACCGACUUUUGUGCUAUGCUCGGAUGGCGAAUUACAUGGAGGCUCCUUCAACUACGGGUAUGGCGCGCUGGUCGGGAAGAUGCAUUCCUCUUACUCCCGAAGCGAUCCAAGUUGGCUCCCAAGCACUGCAAGCAGCCUACCGCAACAUUCUCAAGCUGUCUUUUUGUCGGCUCCAUUUCUGGCUGUGGCGCUCCUCAUUGCCGGUGUUCUUGGGAGUCACAGCAUUCGAAGUUUGCUGCAACUCUGGCAAGAGGGAUGGGUGCUACUGCUGACGAAGUUGCAUUCGAGGUCGCUGGAAGGUCGCUUGUCUGGACGGGUUGUAGAUGCCUACAUUUCGCCUGAACAGCCCUGGAUCGACCUUUGCAUGGGGGCUCCUAUUGCCUACAAGCUACACCCGGAUGCCAAGAGACAUGUGGUGCCAAGGACACAUAGAGGAUGGAGCCUCCCAUCCAAGAUGCGUACGACGCAUCAAGGCCGAUGUUCCUGUUGGCGUCAACCCUGGGUGAAAGUGCCUCUCUCUAUUUUGACGCACAACACCAAGCUCCACAUCAACGAAAUCGAGCCGAUGGAUACGGGAGGCGGCGGUGGCACGGCUGGUGGCACUACGGGACGACCGGCCAGGCAAGCACUCGUCAAGUUGCCAAUAGUCGCGGCAGGUGACGGCAUGCAAACGCAACACAGUACGAACGAACGAGGAGAUUCUGACAAGGAUUAUUGCGCAGCACAACCAGCUCCAGCAGUAGAUGGUAAUCUUUUUAGAAAUUGGUUGACUGUGGAAAGGACUCGCCGGAAUGGCCAGACUAGCCUCAGGUACAGACAACUGUGGCCACCACCCCUGCCUGCCAAGCUAGCCAAGUACAGAACUGUUGGCUCUGCUUGGCAAGAGUGGGUGCAUGGUAUUGGUGGCAAAAAGCCAGCCAAGAACUUCAUGGCUUUCAAGUCAACCUACUCCAGGAGGAAGCCACUCUGGACUCUCAUGAAAGCUCCAGCUUGGGUCAUCUCAAGAUUGAGGAGCAUUACAAAGGAAGUUUUUGAAUAUUACUGCUGCAUCAAGCAGGACACCAUUAUGGGCAGUCUGCAUGAGGAUCUUUGUAUUGUUCGUGCUCAGUAA